GAUCACAUAACUCUGGGACAGCCGGCAGAGGAGUGCACAGGACGCUGCAGACAUGUCUUUAACCUCCCUUAUAGCAUUCCUCAAAAACAAAGAAUCCAUCAUCUUCAAUGCUAUAGUGGCCCUGCUGACAGUGGGAGGGCAGCAGCUCUUCUCCUUCUUCGCCUUCAGCUGCCCAUGCAGCCCCACAGACAAUCUGAGGUAUGGAUUGGCAUUCCUGGGAGUACCAGCCUUGAUCCUGCUCAUUGUGGGCUUCGUGUUCAAUGACAAUACAUGGAGGCUAUUCACAGGCUCCACCUAUGACUUCAGCAUCCAGGAGAGAAGCAGGCAGAGCCUCCUCUUGAAGUAUAAGCUCAUCUGCUUUGUGCUGGGCAGUAUCACUGGCAGAGCUCUGGUAGCGCCAGUCACUUGGCUGGCAGUCACCCUGCUAAAUGGCUCCUACUAUUCCUGUGCUGCCAGCGAGUUUGCCAAUGUGGAUCACUAUGAUAUCCUUAAGAACAUGAGUCCUGACGCCAGAAAGUUCACCCUGGCACAGUUCCCCUGUGCCCAGCUGGUUUCAAGCAAUCUCUCCAGGGUCAGAGAAGAAGUGUUACUGGAGCUCAAGUACCAAUCACAGCUCAGUGGAUGGCUCUUGAUAGCAUUUGUGGCAGUCAUUUUCUUCAUCACCCUGUGUGUCGCUAGGUGUUGUUCUCCUCUUACUUACCUUCAUCUGAGGUACUGGACCAGCUACGUCAACAAUGAACAGAAUCUGUUUGAUCAAGCAGCAGAUCAGCACUCAAAGGUUUUUGCCAUGGAAAACAUCAAGAGGUUUUUUGGGUUCUCGCCUGGGAGUAAAAACAUUUCUGAAAUUCGCAUCCCUUCACGUAUGGACUGGAAGACCAUCUCUGGGCUUGACCUGUUAAAGGUCAUCAAUCAGGACUACUGUCAUUACAGUCUUCUACAUGCAUGGUCAGAUGAGGAGCCAAUGGAUGGAAAAGUUAUUUCUAUUGAUGUAGGACAAGUUCCUGUGAAUGCAACUCCCCAAGCUUUAUCUUCAUAAAAGUCUUAUCGUGUACUAUAUUUGUCAAAUGGUGGCUCAGUGAGUCAAAAUGGUAUAGGUUCCUGGAUACUUGCAUGGAUGGGGGCACGGUUUUAGGUAAAUCAUUUUCCGCAAAAAAAAGACUGUGGACAGAAAUGAUUGGCUUCAAACAAUAAAAAUUGUUCUUAAA